AUGGGUGACAAAGGACAGAAAAAGGAUGUCCAGAAACAUGAUGAAGGACUAAAAGCUCCAAAUGGACUUCAAACUGUUGUGGUGCGUGAGUUUGAGCCAGCGGACAAACCAGAAGUCCAGCUGAUCUUUUAUGAAGGGGUGAUGGAGAUGAUACCAGACAUCGCUUUCAGAGGCCUGAGACAUCACCCCGAGAGUCUCCUGCUCUAUGCUGCUAUGACAGUUAUAUGUUUUGUCAUCACCAUGUGCUGGUGGGUGAUAGGACUCCUCCCUGCAGUUGUGCUGUGUGGGCGCUACUUCUACAGCAGACGUGUGAUCCAUGGUUACCUGGAGCACGCCAUGAGCAGAGACAUGGAAGACAUCGAAGGCUUUUACAUGAAAUCGUCAGACUCCUGUAUGUGGGUAGCAGUGCUGGAGGGCAAAGUGGUGGGUGUCGUAGCAGCAGUCGGACAGCAUAAGUCAGGAGGUGCUGUCGAGUUGCAGAGGAUGUGUGUUGACCGGAGCUGUCGGCGGCGGGGAGUCGGUGUGGCACUGGGACGGAAGGUUCUAGAGUAUGCUGCUGCUCACGGACACUCCUCUGUUUUCCUGGGAACCUCAGCCUACUCAAGCGCUGCCCACCAGCUCUACCGGCGCCUGGGCUUCCGCUGUGUUGGGGUCACCAACGGGUACAUCACACCCGGUGCAAGAUUGUCCUUACUGGGAAAGAUUUUCUACAGGGUCCGCCACCAUCACUACAGCCUUGUUGUAGGAAAUAGUAAGAUCACUUCAAACGGACAACACUGA